AUGGCUCCAGCGCAGCAGUGGAUCAGUUCAUCUAAGGUGAUCCAUGUUCCGAGUGGGUACCCGGAUCCCUAUCUGCGUGUCUGCUCCUGUUUGAGCUGUGGUACCAGCCCGCAGCCGGAUCAGCUGCUGAAGUGCCCGGCAGUGACGGCUCUGGAGAGUAUGCUAGUCGUCACAACCGGCCGUGCAAAGAAGUCAAGGACAGAGGGGGAUCAGGCGACUGCAACGACAGACGAGGAUGACAAGCAGCUCAAGGACAGCGAAGCCGUGGCCGACGAGGAUCCAGAUGACGCGGAGGCUGCCAAGUUCAAGUUCCUACGCAAAACGUGGCAGAAUGGCGUAGCUCCCGAAUUCCUCAUGCAGCUCUUGGCCGUUGUCCCCGCGCACGUGGAAGCGAUCAUCUUGCCGUUCCCGCUGCCCUUUGCCACAGGGAUCAUGAAGGGAGUCCUGGAAUGGAACCGCGUCUACGGCAAGCUUCGGGCGUAUGAGCUGCAGUUAAUGAUGAAAGUUGCGCCCAAGGGCAUCACGGCCGAAGGCGGCGUCAGCAACAUGGACAUCAGGCACAACUUCGCCCUUGCCGUGGAGGUGGUCAAGACUGACAUGAGCACCGUUGCAGACGCUACUGUCGUCAGCCGCGGAACGCAGAGUCAGAAGCGCCCUCGCCAAAGCCCUCGGAAGCUCAAACUAGAAAGAGAUGGCAACGAAGAGGGAGGGCCAGACAAAAAUCCUGUUCAUGAAGAUGAUGCUGGCGAUGAAGAUGGCGAGGAGCUUGACCUGGCGGGCGAGUUAUCAAUGACUGAGCAUGGUUAUCAGGGUUGCAUCACAGUGGGUGCUGCCCUUUGCAGCAAGGAGCUUGCCAGCGUAGCCCAGGCCGACUCUGACGAAGAAAGUCCUGAGCAAAAUGUUAUGAGCAAGGAGAGAAUGGUGAUUUCUCGUCGCAACUUCUUGGCCAUGUCGAAACACAAAGUACAAGUGGCACCGACAUCGGCAACGUCGGCCCCGACAGUGGUGGGUGUGGGACUGCAUGCGCAAAAGCAGUUGAAAAAAGAUACACUCAUAGCGUGCAAAGGGCCGCUCGCCUUGACAAUGUCCUCGUGGUUUUUAGUUUUUGCUGCUUCCGUGUGGUUUCUGCCAGUAAUUAGCUCCAAGCUCAGGCCGUGGUUUGACUCAUUGCAUGACGCUCGCGCCUUUGCCACGGAGGUCGACUGUCAGCAGCGUAUUUGCAGAGUUCGCAUUCAGGAUGAGUCUGAGAUGGUUGAGAUGGAUGACGAGGACGAGGAGAAUCCUCGCCAGGGUGGCAAGUGCAAGUUCAUCGUGCUCACAGGCAUAGCGGGUUUCGUGAAUCACUUCGACGGCCUCGGCCUCGUGCCAAACGCACAGCUGGUUCUGAACCCAUCCGCAGGACUGGGAUCCCACUUGCUUCAGCUGAAAAUCUUGAAGCAAAUUCCGCGCAACACUGAGAUUUUGAUUGACUACGGCACGGAGAUGCAGCUUCCACGUCUUCCUCCUCUUCCACCUCCAGCUCCAAAGGUGAAAAGGAAGGCCAGAGCAAAGAAGCCGCCGACGCCGCGGAAAAAUGCGGCGAAAACCGAGGGGGGGGAUGAGGCAAAGCCGGAGUUGGAGAAGAAAGAGAAGACGGAAGAGAAGAGUGAGGAGGAAGAGCCGGAGCCAGACGAGGAGGAGGAGAACGAGAAGGACAUGAACGAUGACGAGGCCAACGGCCUGCAGAUCUCGCUGGACCAGCCAGUCUUCGGGCUAUGCCGAGAUACCCAAAUCCAGCAGAAGCCGCCGAAAAAACAAAAACUAACGCUGGUCAUUGAAGACAGCUUUCCUUGCGAAAGCAACGGCAGCACACGAGAGCAUAGCGCCAAGUCCCAGUCAAAGGGGCACCAGCAGCAAGAAACAUCGUCGAAGUCGUCCUCGGCCUCGGCCACGCCGGCCUGCUUCUGUUUUCGCAGCGAUUGUUCUGUGUGCAUGCGGGCCAUGCACGUGGGCGGCAGCAGCAUGCGCAGUUCAGUCAGUUCAGCCGCGGAUGAUGAGGCCAAGCAGACGGAGACAGGGCCAGUGGAGCAGAACAAGAAGCGCAAGAAGAGGGUUAUUCCGAACGAUGGCAAAGUCAAGCAGAAGCUGUCUGUGGAUGUCGCCAUAGUCAACACGAAGUGUCCUUUCGUUCGAGCAGCCUGGGCGGUUCCACCUUCAGUGGGGGUCCAGCUUAACGCAGAGCUUAACGCAGAGAUCCGGAAAAGCAUGGCGACCUCGUUCGAAGGCAAGGCGGUGCCCAACUUGGGCAGCCAGACAGUGGAGGAAGCCAUGCGGCAACAUCGUGCAUUUGAUCCAUGGUCCGUGAAGCCAGGACAUUUCCAGUUCUCUGCCUUUGCAAAGCCCACCAAAGACGGUGACGGUGACAGCAUGGAUGUUGUCGACACCACCGCGCCCUCGCCGUCGCCCUCUUCCGCGGAACUUCCAAGAACGUUGCCGCUGUCUUGUUUUUCCGAGAAGUUUAGCUCAAGGCUGGGCGGCAACCGUAUUGGCGCGGCAGAAGACCUCCUUCGAUGUUUCAGAGAUGGCUUUUCGAAGUCGGCCAUGGCGAGGCUGGUGAUGCCACAUUCGCAGGGCAUGCCAUUUGUUUGUCCGGAUGGUUUCUUGCCGAACCCAGCAUGGGCAUCCUUGCACGCCAUCAAGGCUUUGGCGCAAGAACUUCAGCAGGUCCCGUCUGAGGAAAGGACGCCCGCCCACGUGGACGUCCUCGCGAUCUUCGAGAAUGGCGUGGACGUGGAGUGGGUCCAAUUCAACACCUUCAUGGAAUGGGUGAUCCACCUCGAAGCGGACUCCGUGAAGAGGGAGAAGUCCAGCAAGGCAUUCUUCGCUGAGAGCGCCCUCAUCAUUAUGGCACUGGCCGAGAAGCACAACGAUGCGAGCACCGAGUACCGCAUGCUCUUAAAGAUGGGCGAGUACGCAGCGAGGAGGACGUCCGACACCUUGAAGGUGAUGAACCACGUGUCUAGUUCACAGUGUGCCCUGCCCAAUGAGGCUUUGCUCUACCUUGUGAACUGGCGCCGAUCUACAUCGCUGAAGAAAAUGGGGAUGUGGAAGGAGGUUUUCCUUCUUUCCACAGCACUCAAGGAUCUCAAGGGCAAAGUGGUGAAGGCAUAUGACCGAGAUGCCGGAGACGAUGCACAAGUCAUAGCCAUGCGGAUGGCAUGUGCAAAGGUGGACCAAGCAGUGAUGGCUUCGUCCUCGUCCUCGGCCUCAAAGGCCACAGCGGGCUCAACUCUGAACUCCCAGGUUUUCUCAGGGAUGUGUCAGCAUAUUGGGGCGGCCAUCGCGUACUUUGACUCCUUGCGCGUGCAGUACGCCGCAGUGUACGAUGGCGUCCCCACUGCCCAGAAGCUCGUGAGCCGGGUUUUCUCCGACCCGGUCUUGCUCAGCAAGUUGGCUGGACACAUCAACCAGUGCAAGCUGAUGCCAUCUCUUGCCCGCAGCAGCCAGAAUGAGUUCUCCAGCUUGGAACAAGUUCUGCGCCGCAACUUGGAGACAGUGGAGCGCAUACAGGCAGAAGCUCUUGAAAGGCAAGCUGCACAGAAGAAGCUCGAGCAAGAGCAAGCUGCAGCAGAGCGAAGGGAGCUGGAGAAAGCGGCGGCGGAGGCGGCGGCCUUGGAAGCCAUCCGGCGCAAGAAGGAGGAGGACACAGCAGCUGCUGAACGGAAGAGGCUGGAGGAUGAGGCAGCGGAGCAGCGUCGCCAGGAAAAGGAGCUGGAAGAAAAGAGGGCGGUGAGAGCUCGGGUGGACGUGGAGUUCGACCAAAUCUUCCAUGUCAGUGAUGGUGAGACGCUUCCUUCGAUGAACCUGAGCUCCAAUGAGUCCGUGCGGCUCUGGUUGGUUGGGUUCAAGGCCCACGAUCGUGGCCCGAAGAAGCUUGGCAUAGGCAGGCACUUCUAUGCCACAGAUGAACAAGGCUCCGUGGCUCAGCUCUUUCUCACAGACGGCACUUACACGACCCGCAUGAUGGAGGUGAUCCAUGUUCCGAGUGGGUACCCGGAUCCCUAUCUGCGUGUCUGCUCCUGUUUGAGCUGUGGUACCAGCCCGCAGCCGGAUCAGCUGCUGAAGUGCCCGGCAGUGACGGCUCUGGAGAGUAUGCUAGUCGUCACAACCGGCCGUGCAAAGAAGUCAAGGACAGAGGGGGAUCAGGCGACUGCAACGACAGACGAGGAUGACAAGCAGCUCAAGGACAGCGAAGCCGUGGCCGACGAGGAUCCAGAUGACGCGGAGGCUGCCAAGUUCAAGUUCCUACGCAAAACGUGGCAGAAUGGCGUAGCUCCCGAAUUCCUCAUGCAGCUCUUGGCCGUUGUCCCCGCGCACGUGGAAGCGAUCAUCUUGCCGUUCCCGCUGCCCUUUGCCACAGGGAUCAUGAAGGGAGUCCUGGAAUGGAACCGCGUCUACGGCAAGCUUCGGGCGUAUGAGCUGCAGUUAAUGAUGAAAGUUGCGCCCAAGGGCAUCACGGCCGAAGGCGGCGUCAGCAACAUGGACAUCAGGCACAACUUCGCCCUUGCCGUGGAGGUGGUCAAGACUGACAUGAGCACCGUUGCAGACGCUACUGUCGUCAGCCGCGGAACGCAGAGUCAGAAGCGCCCUCGCCAAAGCCCUCGGAAGCUCAAACUAGAAAGAGAUGGCAACGAAGAGGGAGGGCCAGACAAAAAUCCUGUUCAUGAAGAUGAUGCUGGCGAUGAAGAUGGCGAGGAGCUUGACCUGGCGGGCGAGUUAUCAAUGACUGAGCAUGGUUAUCAGGGUUGCAUCACAGUGGGUGCUGCCCUUUGCAGCAAGGAGCUUGCCAGCGUAGCCCAGGCCGACUCUGACGAAGAAAGUCCUGAGCAAAAUGUUAUGAGCAAGGAGAGAAUGGUGAUUUCUCGUCGCAACUUCUUGGCCAUGUCGAAACACAAAGUACAAGUGGCACCGACAUCGGCAACGUCGGCCCCGACAGUGGUGGGUGUGGGACUGCAUGCGCAAAAGCAGUUGAAAAAAGAUACACUCAUAGCGUGCAAAGGGCCGCUCGCCUUGACAAUGUCCUCGUGGUUUUUAGUUUUUGCUGCUUCCGUGUGGUUUCUGCCAGUAAUUAGCUCCAAGCUCAGGCCGUGGUUUGACUCAUUGCAUGACGCUCGCGCCUUUGCCACGGAGGUCGACUGUCAGCAGCGUAUUUGCAGAGUUCGCAUUCAGGAUGAGUCUGAGAUGGUUGAGAUGGAUGACGAGGACGAGGAGAAUCCUCGCCAGGGUGGCAAGUGCAAGUUCAUCGUGCUCACAGGCAUAGCGGGUUUCGUGAAUCACUUCGACGGCCUCGGCCUCGUGCCAAACGCACAGCUGGUUCUGAACCCAUCCGCAGGACUGGGAUCCCACUUGCUUCAGCUGAAAAUCUUGAAGCAAAUCCCGCGCAACACUGAGAUUUUGAUUGACUACGGCACGGAGAUGCAGCUUCCACGUCUUCCUCCUCUUCCACCUCCAGCUCCAAAGGUGAAAAGGAAGGCCAGAGCAAAGAAGCCGCCGACGCCGCGGAAAAAUGCGGCGAAAACCGAGGGGGGGGAUGAGGCAAAGCCGGAGUUGGAGAAGAAAGAGAAGACGGAAGAGAAGAGUGAGGAGGAAGAGCCGGAGCCAGACGAGGAGGAGGAGAACGAGAAGGACAUGAACGAUGACGAGGCCAACGGACGGGACAUGGAGGAGUGA